CUCUUCACUCCCCCACCCCACCCCACUCAGUCCUCCCUGCCCAGCGCGUCUGGACGCAGAUUUAGGAAGCGAUUUCGCUCACGUUUUAGAACAAGGAAGACAGGCGCGGAGUGCAACAUUGCAGGACUCGGAUUGCAACCCGGGACACCCUCCGGAGGCUCGGAGCAGAGGAAGGAGGAGGAGGGCGGACGGAAGCCAGUGUGCAGUUCGAGUUUUGAUAGCGCUGGGAGAAGAGAGCCUGAAUCAGAGAUUUUUUUUUUUUUUUUUUUUAAGGCCAGAGACUUUUCCGCUCUCUCGCUCGCUGGCGAAGCCGGGUCUACGCUGCUGCAGACGCCUCCAGCGAGAGAGAGGGAGAGGAAGACAGACGGGGGGCGGGGAAGAAGAAGGAGAAGAGAAGGUAAAAAAAGUCUCGGCGCUGAGCCGUCCGCAGCUGCAACAAAGCGCCGGGGGGCCCGGGAGCGAGUCCUGGGACCCGGGGCUGCCGCGUCGAGUUGGCUGCGCCGCGGGGCUCGGGCGCCAGGGAGACCCUGCUCGCCGCUCUCGCCGGCGAAACCGACUUCCAGGAGCGGCUUCUGAAAACACGCGAGGCACCGGGACAGUCACCCGAGCGACUAUGUCUCCUGAUUUCUCGCCUUGCCCUCUUUAAAAGCGGCAUCCCCCCCUCCCCAAAAGGCACUCCCCCCUUCCCUAGGGUGCUUUCGUUGUGAUUUCCCCCCCUUGUUGCUUUGCUUUCUUUCUUUUUUUCUCUCUCAAACUAUGCGCUGCUGUUAAAGAGCAAAAACAAAAGCAAACAGCAGCUGCGGACUCGUCCCCGGCUGGAGCCCAGCGCCCCGCCUGGAGUGCAUGAGCCUCUCCAUGAGAGAUCCGGUCAUUCCGGGGACAAGCAUGGCUUACCAUCCGUUCCUACCUCACCGGGCGCCGGACUUCGCCAUGAGCGCGGUGCUGGGUCACCAGCCGCCCUUCUUCCCCGCGCUGACGCUGCCUCCCAACGGCGCGGCGGCGCUCUCGCUGCCCGGCGCCCUGGCCAAGCCGAUCAUGGAUCAAUUGGUGGGGGCGGCCGAGACCGGCAUCCCUUUCUCGUCCCUGGGGCCCCAGGCGCAUCUGAGGCCUCUGAAGACCAUGGAGCCCGAAGAAGAGGUGGAGGAUGACCCCAAGGUGCACCUCGAGGCCAAAGAACUUUGGGAUCAGUUCCACAAGCGAGGCACCGAGAUGGUCAUUACCAAGUCGGGAAGGCGAAUGUUUCCUCCGUUUAAAGUAAGGUGUUCUGGGCUGGAUAAAAAAGCCAAAUACAUUUUGUUGAUGGACAUUAUAGCUGCUGAUGACUGUCGAUACAAAUUCCAUAAUUCUCGGUGGAUGGUGGCUGGUAAGGCUGACCCUGAAAUGCCAAAGAGAAUGUACAUUCACCCAGACAGCCCUGCUACCGGGGAACAGUGGAUGUCCAAAGUUGUCACUUUCCACAAACUGAAACUUACCAACAACAUUUCGGACAAACACGGAUUUACUUUGGCCUUCCCAAGUGAGCACGCAACGUGGCAGGGGAAUUAUAGUUUUGGUACUCAGACCAUUUUGAACUCGAUGCACAAAUACCAGCCUCGGUUCCACAUUGUGAGAGCCAAUGACAUUUUGAAACUUCCUUAUAGUACAUUUCGGACCUACUUGUUCCCCGAAACCGAAUUCAUCGCCGUGACAGCAUACCAGAAUGAUAAGAUAACUCAGUUAAAAAUAGACAACAACCCUUUCGCAAAAGGUUUCCGGGACACUGGAAAUGGCAGAAGAGAAAAAAGAAAACAGCUCACCCUGCAGUCUAUGAGGGUGUUUGAUGACAGGCAGAAGAAGGAGAAUGGGACCUCAGAUGAGUCCUCGAGCGAACAGGCCACCUUCAACUGCUUCGCACAGUCCUCGUCUCCAGCCGUCUCCACUGUAGGGACAUCGAACCUCAAAGAUCUGUGUCCCAGCGAGGGGGAGAGCGACGCCGAGGCCGACAGCAAAGAGGAGCACGGCCCCGAGGCCUGCGACGCGGCUAAGAUCUCCACCACCACGUCGGAGGAGCCGUGCCGCGACAAGGGCAGCCCCGCCGUCAAGGCGCACCUCUUCGCCGCCGAGCCCGGCGGCCGGCCCCGGGACUCCGGGCGGCUGGACAAGGCGUCGCCCGACUCGCGCCACAGCCCGGCCACCAUCUCGUCCAGCACCCGCGGCCUGGGCGGCGAGGAGCGCCGGAGCCCCGGCCGCGAGGGCGCGGCCACGUCCAAGGCCGAGGAGGCGCGCGCGCUGCCCGGCAAGGAGGCCUUCGCGCCGCUCACGGUGCAGACGGACGCGGCCGCCGCACACCUGGGCCAGGGCCCCCUGCCGGGCCUGGGCUUCGCCCCCGGGCUGGCGGGUCAGCAGUUCUUCAACGGGCACCCGCUCUUCCUGCACCCCGGCCAGUUCGCCAUGGGGGGCGCCUUCUCCAGCAUGGCGGCCGGCAUGGGGCCCCUGCUGGCCACCGUGUCCGGGGCCUCCACCGGCGUCUCGGGCCUGGACUCCACCGCCAUGGCCUCCGCCGCCGCGGCGCAGGGACUGUCGGGGGCGUCGGCGGCCACCCUGCCCUUCCACCUCCAGCAGCACGUCCUGGCCUCUCAGGGCCUGGCCAUGUCGCCUUUCGGAAGCCUGUUCCCUUACCCGUACACGUACAUGGCCGCGGCGGCCGCAGCAUCCUCGGCGGCGGCUUCCAGCUCCGUGCACCGCCACCCCUUCCUCAACCUGAACACCAUGCGCCCGCGGCUGCGCUACAGCCCCUACUCGAUCCCCAUGCCCGUCCCGGACAGCAGCGGCCUGCUCACCACCGCCCUGCCCUCCAUGGCCGCGGCCGCGGGGCCCCUGGACGGCAAAGCCGCCGCGCUGGCCGCCAGCCCGGCCUCGGUGGCCGUGGACUCGGGCUCGGAGCUCAACAGCCGCUCCUCCACGCUCUCUUCUAGCUCUGUGUCCUUGUCGCCCAAACUCUGCCCGGAGAAGGAGGCGGCCACCAGCGAACUGCAGAGCAUCCAGCGGCUGGUCAGCGGCCUGGAGGCCAAGCCAGACAGGUCCCGCAGCGGGUCCCCGUAGGGCCCUCCCCAGGCAGACCUCUUCAUUCCAGUCUCCAGUCUGCAGUGCACUUUGUUGGACGUAAAAUAAACCGCGGGCGCGCCGCGGGGUUGGCCCUUUGUGCGUCCUGCCUGGGAAGGGGGUGCCGGACUCCUCGGCAACGUGCUAGAAACCGGCCCCGUCUUCCCGGCGUGGUCUCUGUAUCCAGGAUCUGACUGGGAUCCCGGGGCCCAGAAAUGUCUGUUGCGUUGAGCAGUUGGGGUAGGAGUUAAACCAUUUCUGGCCACAGCACCUCUAGACCGCUCUGAUUGCUGUGGGGAGAAGGUGGCCAGGCCCGCCAGAAGGGGAGGUGUGGAAAGGCUUCUCCCCCAGUGCAGAUCUGUCUGUCUGUCUCUCUCUAUAUAUAUUUUUCCUUCACCGUGUCAAGUAGAAACAAAAACAAAUAAAAUUUAAAAAAAUAUACUGGGGACAAAUGAAUACAUUAACAUGAUUCUGUUUGUGAACAUUAAAAGCUUUAUCGCGACUUGCAUAUCAGUUCUAAAUAAAUGACGGAGAAGCAUUGUUUGGGGGAAGGAAGUCCUUGCCACCCUUGUUUGGUCUCUAUUAAGGAAAUCUGUGUCUUUUUAAUAUUCUUGUGAUGUUUUAAGAGCCGCUAUAGGUCUCUUCUUUGCAUGGUCCACAGUAAUGUAUUUGCGGUUUUUAUUUUGAAUGCUUGCUUUUAGAGAGAAAAGAACAUGAACCCACACCCCCCCCCAUUCUCUACCCUCCAAUCGGCAAGCCCAAGGGGAGGAUUUAAAGAGAAGGGGUGAGGAGAAACACACACACACAAUGAAUUUAUUUUAUCUCCGCUUUGUAGGAGGAUUUAUGUCUCAGUUAAUUCUCUUUCCUCUAUAUGCAAUAACAAGGUUUUAAGAAAAAUAAUAAAGAAGAAGCGAGACUAUUAGACAAAGUAUUUAUGUAAUUAUUUGAUAACUCCUGUAAAUAGGUGGAAUAUGAAUGCUCGGAAAAUUAAACUUUAAUUUAUUGACAUUGUACAUAGCUCUAUGUAAAUAAGAUCGCAGCCGCCAGGUUUUGUGUUCUUGUUUUCCUUUCGUCAAUUUUAUUUCAAGGCCACAGGAUUGCUUUUAAAACUAGAAAACACACUUUCUGCACCGACACCCAACAGACUUUCCAAAGAGCUGUCUGAGAAGAAAAGAAAAAAGGAUUUUUCUUUUUUUAGUGUCCAAGAGUUGGGGUAAGAGGCCAUUGUCUAUUUCACCCCAAACUGGGGAGGUGUGCAACUUCCCUUAAAUUCCUUAAGAUAGAACACCCUGAGAGUGUUUCUGAGAUUGCUUGGGAGGGGCGGGGGUGGGGGGGGCCGGGAGUGCAGAGGCUGUGGAUUGAUUUCCUAAUUUUUCUUUUGUAUUUGUAUUUGCUAGUCUGAUUUCUUCAAAACGAAGUGGGAUUGACUACUGUCUUCAAUAUUGAUGGUGUUUUGAAUUUGGUGCCUCUAGAGCUAUAUAGUCCCAGUUCACAGGUCAGGUGCUGAGAGAUGGUUUAAAGACAAAAACUCAUGAAGGUAUAUUUUGUGUUAAUAAUUGUUGAUGAGUUCUUUGGUUUUCUGUAUUUCUUCCCCUCUCUUUAAAAAACAGCAUUGAAAUUUCAAUAAAUUUUUAUUGAAAUGUC